UUUCGGGGGUUGCAGUGCUGACCAACAUCUGGCCUGCUGCUCCUGACCCUCGUGGCUAGCACACAUGCGUUUAAUCGAUAUGACGGCGGUGGUUGGCCAACACAAACUGGAGUUGGUCCGUAUGGAAAAUUAGUAGGCAGUAGGCAAUGGCAGGACAUUCAGUUCGAAAAGUAUCUAGAUGAGUGCCUAAUUUUAAGCUAUUAUGGAUUUAUGUCUAAAGGGCUCGCAGAUAAACCUCGCCACACGACAGAAAACGAAGCCAAAGUACACCAGUCGUUCGCUGACGACGCUCCACAGUCCGUGUCCCCAUUUCCGGCCCCGCUCGGCCAACUUCCUGCAGCAGCGCAGUCGCUCCUCGCCUUUCCUGGGCAGACCUCAGUCGGCGGACCCCAAGUUUGGCCGUCGGUUGAGCACCUACUUCAGCGACAAGGAGCUGAGGCACAGCGGAAAGCGACAAGUCUCCUCCAACGAUCUGCUGAAAUCCCUGCUGGAAGAGCCCAUCAAGCGCAGUUGGCUGUGCCGCAGCAACUGCAACUCCUCCGAGUCGGACUACUCGCUCCACAAAAGCAGCGAGGAGGGGGAGCAGUUCCCGGUGGCCAUGUCGUCCGGUGGGGGAGGCGACAAGGGUAAGCCCUACUCCGGCCUCAGCAAUGGGGUCCUGCUGCAGCGCACUGCCAAGCCAGAUCUUCCGGGUAGAGUCUCCUUCAGCAAGCCCAAUAUGCACGCGGACCUGGACUCCAGUGACUGUGACAAUGACAAGCAGGAAGGGGUGCGCACCAGUAUCUCUGCCCCGGGACCUUUGACCCUGCCCAGUUUCCUGAGCAAAGUGCAGGAGCAGGCGGAUGCGGCUGGGCAGAAAAAGUCCGUGCACUUUGGAUCGACUGCCGCCGAGGGAGAGGUGCUGGCCGAGACUUACGAGUAUCCCAAGUGCCCCUCGGAGAACUGCACUUGCAGCACGCGAUCUUCCUCCACCACCAGCACCAAUGAAGCCUCUGCAUCGGAGGUUAAGUGUGCCUGCGAUGCGCCCAGUUGUCGGUUUGUGGACUCCUCCCAGGCCAUGGAGCCCACUGAACCGGCUGCCAUUCUCCCAAAGGCGCCCACACCAGAACUGAAUGUCAUCAGGGAGUACAAACAGGUGGUGAAGAAUCACUUGGGCACCGAAACCCUCAACAACAUUGAGCCACUACCCAAUUACUUGGACAAGUACGCCUCUCCCUCGAAGGAGAAGCAGAACAAUCUGUCGGAGACCAAAAACCUGGCCACCAGUACGUCCUCCGCCAAUAACAGUGCCCCAUCCUACAGAUCCACCUCGAACCCAAGGAACUUUGGGGCCGAGAACAACUUUUUGCCAGCUGUGCAAGACGAUAGGAGGUCCUUUGCCAAUGGCAGCUCUGAAUCCGUUAUUAACAACUAUCUCAAGGUGACCUCGACGCCUCCAUUUGUGGCCAAGAAAAAGGAGAAUGUGAAGCCAGCCAGUGCGGAUCCCACAGCCAGGAGCAGCAAGUCCAAGGUGGCCAAAAUAGCAGCAGCCAAUGCAGGAUCAGCUCCCUUGGGUAAACUGAAGAAGGCCAUCAGUGUGGGCAGCCUGCGGGAGGAGCGAAAGCUCUCGGAGUACAAUCUGGACAAGGUGGACAGCUGGAUGAGCAUGCAGGAGCAGAAGCAGUUCGAUCACAAGCACAAACAGGCACUGGAGGAUCUGGACGAGGGUCAGGACAACGAUACCGCCUCACAGCUAUCCCUGAAGUCGAAUGAGGACUCCCGGGACUCUACCUACGAUGAGAUAGUGUCCGUCAUUAAGGAAAUCGAAGAGGACAAGAAGAGGGACAACUUUUCCGAGCGCAUUCCCAGCGAACUGAACUUGAAACUGGAUUCCCGAUGCGAGACUGCCGAAACAGUGACUCUAAGUGAAGGAGCAGUUCCCGAGAGCGGAGAUAAGUACAAGGACAUAUUGGCCUAUCUGAACAAUGUGGAAAGCAGCUGCGACAAGACUUUGAUGGAAACACGUCGCUCCAUGCCGGACAGCAAUCGAUCCGAGGUGGAGUUUGUGGUGGAGCCCGACAUCACUGAUGAGGUGCCCAAGCUGUCCGAGUUGCUGAUGCUGCCCAAUCACCAGCUGGCCAGAAGGGUCAUUGCCCUGAGCCUGCGGGCCAACGAGUUGGCCAACGCCAUCCACAUGUCCAAGGAGCACGUCUUCCAGCUGCGCGGCGAGAAGCAGAAGAGCCUGCGGGCCGAGAAGUCCACUGCUGCGGCCAAGCUGCGCGACCAGAAGAAGCACUACGAGGAGGUGGUGACCCGGCACCAGGGAUUCAUCGAGCAGCUGCUCAAGGACAAGGGCUCCCUCUGCGAGAAGGUGGCGGCCCUCACCCGUCGCCUGGAGAGCCAGAACCAGGCCUGGGAGCACCGCCUCGAAACGGAGCUGGCCAGGACCAAGGAAACCACCAUGGCGGGCGAGAAGAUCCGAAGGGAGCGAUGGGUGCGCGAAAACACCAAGAAGAUUAAGGAACUCACGGUCAAAGGUCUGGAGGCGGAGAUCAACAAGAUGAACUGCGACCACCAGCGCGAAGUGACCGAGUUGAAGCGCACCCACCAGAUGCAGUUGCUCGACGCUCUAGAGGAGGCGCGCACGAAGCACGAGCAGAUCGAGACGAGCAUCCGCGAGAGCUGCGCCCAGGACCGAGAGGCCAUCAUCGAGAAGGAACGGACGGCCAUCCGCGAGCGAUUCGAGCGCCAGCUGGAGGAGGAGCAGAGAGCGCAGGCAGAGCAGCGCCAGAAAAUGAGCGAGGAGUUUGCCGGGGAAAGGGAGCGCCUGCAGACGGAACUGCGGCAGCGGGAGAACGAACACCAGGCCAGGAGACAGGAGGCACUGCGGGAGCAGGAGCAGGAGCUGGAGCAGGCCAGGUUCGAGAUGCAGGAGCGCAUGGCCAAGCAGGAGGAGAAGUACCAAAACCGCAUCAACACCAUCGAGCAGCAGUACCAGGCGGACUUCGAGCUCUGGAAGACGGAGCACGAGAACCGGGCCAAGCUGGCCCAGGCGGAGAAGGAGAACGCCAUCAGGCAGCACUACCGGGCGGAGCGGGAUCGCCAGCUGGAUGAGCUGGUGGUGCGCAUGGAGGCCGAUGCACUGCAGCACGGCGAGGAGCACGAGCUGAAGAUCAAUCGCCUCAAGGAAAAGUACGAGAAGGACCUGGUUCUGGCCGAGAGCGUGGAGAAAUCGCUGCGGGAGAAGUACGCCGAGACACGAGGCAAACUAGCGGAGGCGGAUGCCCAGGUGCGGAACAGCCAGGCGGAGGUGAAGCAACUCCAGCUGGAGCUGAGUCACAGCAAGAAGAUGUGCGGCGACAUCAUCAUGGAGCGGGACCGACUGCGGGACAACCUCAAUGCGGACAUCCAGAGCGAACUGGGGGUGCUCAGUGAGCGGCACAAGCAGGAGAUGGAUCAGCUGCAGAAGCGCGUCCAUCAGACCAUCCAUCGCCAGGAGGAGACCAUUGAGAUCCUGAAGGGCGACAACGAUGCCCUCAGGCAGCAGUGCCUGAAACUAAACGCGGUUAUCAGGCAGCAGCGCAAGGACUAUUGCGUUAAAUAGGUGCAUUGCAGAUUAACCUAUGGGAAAACUAUCUUAGCUUAUAAACGUAUGCAUGGGACCUCCAAUUGCUUUGGGAACUCAAUUUAAUAUUAUAAAUGAGUAGGCUAAAAAUAGAUCCUAGACAUACAAUAGUAUGCAUUUAAAGAUUCAGCCUGCAGAUCCCUUUUA